AUGUCAUUGCGUCCGCACUCAACCGGUCUUGCUCGGCUCAACGGGCUGUUGUCGGCAUCAUGUAGAACUCCCGGCGUAUAUCGGAGGUCAAAGACACCGAUUGUUGCACGUGGAGCUCGCUAUGUGUCGACUGAUACCCCGUUGAUGAGAGAAGAAGUCGCUGAAGGACUAAAUGUUCCAGUCUCGGACGCCUCACAACCAAAUGCCAGCCAUGUAUCGCCUGAAACUUCACACUCGAAGACCAGCCAAGCUUUGACGGGGAAGUCAGGACAGACAGAGCCCCAGGAACAGUUGAACAACCCACCGGAAAAUACACAAAGCCUCGCAAAUGAAGAAAUGAAACAGCUCCACCGCCGGGGCCUCGUCACGCGUCCACUGUCCAAGACGAAAAUCCGCUCUGUGCUUCAAGCUCAUAACCUGAGUCCCAGCCUUAGUGAUCGCGUAUCUCGCUGGUUGAACGCCGAAAUCGAAAACAAGGGUCAGGAUAGAUUUAUUGAUCAGAAGACGUUGCGGCUAGCGGUGGUGCUUCGUGGCAACUCUCUCUAUUCUCGACACCUGGGUUUCCAGCAAUGGAAGGACGGAUACUCAGAGAUCUACAAAGCCAAGCACUACGGGCGCGAAGUACAGAACAAAAGCUCUAUACUAGCACUGAAGGAAGAAGGGAUGGCACUGCUGGCCAAGGUCCAGACUGAUUGCCUGGGAAGCUUUCGAGAAGAAUGGCAAGCCAUGGACCAGAAUGCUAAAGCACAAGCUUGGCAACGCCUUGCCUUUUGGCUCUUGCAGAAUGAUCCCAAACUGCUUUUGGAAUUUCUCAUUGUGACAACAGAAGGUCAGGUGAAGCCGGACUUUAGCAUGGUUGCUGAUUGUCUGAUGUACUUGGAUACUUUCUAUUAUGAAGACUGGUUGAAGGAUUGGCGGAGUGGUAUCUGCACCUAUCAAUCCGUGAUUGAAUCAUGCCUACAUCCAACCCGAUGGCCUAUACUUUCAUUACCGCAGAAGGGUUCUCGGCUAUAUGUACGACGCGCAGGGCACAAGGCUGUUUCUUUGGCUCUGAAAAUUGCCCAAGAAAGAUCUCUCUUUCUUAGAGGUGAAACAGCAUUGUGCUUUGUGUGGCGUUUUACCGAAUUCAAGGAUGUGGACCGAGCACUGGAGGCUCUCGCAAUGAUCCCGAAACUCAAGGAUGAUGAUUUCUCUAUGGACUCUCAGGGUGUUCACCGGCAUUGCUGCAAGCUUUUGACCUUGGACACUGUUGAAGAAGAAACAGGCGAGCGCAAUUUUAAGAUCCUUCCGCAGCUUUUGGAGAUGGGCAUUACACCAGACCGAGAUAUGCUCAACGUUGUGCUUGCCAAUGCCUUUAAGACCAAUGGCGAGCUGGGAUCUGAUAUCCUGCAGUUCAUGCAGAACCACGGCCAUGACCUUGACUCCUACAGUUAUCUGACUUUGCUCAAAGAUGCAGUCGCCCGUGGAGACCGCGGUAAAGUCGACUCUCUCAUCCGCGAGGUUGAGGCGCAGGAAGAGCUGCGCAAGAAUCCAUGGAUCGCCAGCAAAAUCUUCCACUCUCAUUACAUCUUCACUGUCAAACAUAUGGAUGCAGAUGCUGACCCCUCGGGCAUCUUCUACUCAAUGCUUGACAUGUACAACCACAUUUAUGACAUCACACCCCUCAAAGAACUCUCCAUCAUCCCCCCUCGCUACAUCCCUCGAAGUGACGGUGCUAAUGCGCCUCCUUCUCCAAUCCCCCUAUACAUCAUGUUGGCAACCUAUUUCCGCUGUCAAAAUCGUCUCGCGAACGUCCAACGGAUCUACGGUCGAUUCCGUGAGCUCGUCGCUCAGGGACAUCCUUCUAUCGCUCCCAUGGUGGAGACCGAUCAUACCUACAAUGAAUUUCUAAUCGCUUUCCGUAACAGUCCGCGUGGCUUGCGAUCUUGUGUUCAGCUUGUUGAGGACAUGCUCCAUCCAGCAAGCCCGCAACUUGAUCAAAUUGACAAAACCAUUGUCCCAGUGAAGCCCUCUGUGCGCACUUGGACCCUGCUACUUGGCUCCUUCAUUUUCCACAGGCAGAUCCACGCCUCGGAAAAGAUCCGGGAGAUGAUGGACAAGCACAAUGUUCAAUACAGCGACGUGACAUGGAAUAUCAUCAUCAAUGGCUAUGCCAACGCGCAGAACAUCCCCGAGACGGCUGCUGCUAUCAAGUCGAUGGAGCAGCAAGGUUUCUCCAUUGAUUCCUACACGAUGAAAAGCUUGCGCUAUCUCCGUGAUCCAGAGCGGCUUUGGGUCGCUAUUGAUGAGCUGGACCGCAAAGCUACCGAGACGAGCCUGGCGCUUGAUACCCCGGAGCCCGAGUCUACAGGUAGAAAGCAAGAGGAGCGCGACCAGCUGAUUGACAGCGGAUUAGAAAAGCUGGGAUCUAAGAUGAAGCCCCAGCUGUGA